AUGGCAAAGAAGAGAAAGUCCUCUCGGCACGCCGCCGAGUCCAGUGGGCCAAAGGAGCUGGACCCUGCGGAUGCUCGCCUCAAAGUCAAUACAUACGAAGAUGUGGCCAACUCAGAGGACGAAUUCUUCAUGGAUCGGGAUACGAUUAUGCUUGAUGAUGAGCCCAACAUGAAGCGCAGGAGAAAAGACGACGAGGAGAUUGAUUUUUCAGACGAGGAGGUAUUUGGAUACGAGGACGCGGACUCAAACCACAAGGCCCAACCGAGUAAAUCAAAACGAAAGGCUGCGCAAGAUCACUCAGAAGAUGAAGCGGAUGAAGCCAAUGGAGUAGAGGGCGAGGAGGAGGGGUGGUGGGGUGCAUCCAAGAAGGAGUACUACAAUGCCGACAACAUCGAAACAGAGGCAGAUGCGUUGGAGGAAGAAACCGAAGCGAAGAGAAUACAGCAAAAGAAAUUGGCCAAGAUGGCCGAGGAAGAUUUCAUCUUCGAUGGAGAUGAGUGGCUAACCGGCGAGCAAGAAGACAAAGAAGAAGCCGAAACAGUGACCGAGGUCCUUAAAGAGGUCGAGGUGACUGAUGAUAUGAGCACAGAGGAACGACUGAAACUGUUAUCUGCUCGAUACCCCGAAUUCGACUAUCUCGUCAAAGAUUUCCAAGACCUGCAGCCACAGCUGGACAUCCUGAGGACAGACGCCAAAGUUUCUGCCCCCAAGUCUCUGGCUGCCAUUAAGUACUGGGUGCUAGGAUGUUACGUUGCCUCGCUAGCCAGCUACUUGGCCAUCCUAACAUCUCCAGCUCGCGACGCUGCCAAGGCACAACGAACCAUCGAUCCUGCCGAGCUGCGUGAACACGAUGUGAUGGAAACUCUCAUCCAGUGCCGCGAGGCAUGGGAGCGUGUCAAAGACAUGCGAUCCCUGAAGACAUCCGAGGAAUCAUUGGCACAAGAUGUUGACUCUAUUCUUCAGUUGAAUGGAGAUGAAUCAGCUGCCCAGACUAAGAAGAAGUCCAAGAAAUCAAGAGAGGCAGAUGCUGCGGCGGCGGCGAAGAAGGCGAAGAAGCUGGCAAAGGCCAAGGCAAUCGAAGAGACAGUUGCUGAUCUUUAUGACUUGCCCAUCAACACAAAGUCAAAGGCAAAGAAGACGGAUCAGACAAACAAUGCUCAUGACGAUGAUAGCUCAGACUUUGGUGAAGAGGAGGCUUUGGACGCUCGCGCAGCAGCUGAUAAGGCGGCGCGCAAGAAGAGCUUGAAGUUCUACACCUCCCAGAUCGUGCAGAAGGCCAACCGCCGCGCCGGUGCUGGUCGCGAUGCAGGUGGUGAUAUGGAUAUUCCUCACCGCGAGCGCUUGCGAGACCGCCAAGCACGUCUCCUGCGUGAAGCUGAAAAGCGAGGCAAGAGAGAUUCCAAACUCGGCGCGAAUCUCGGCGAGGAUAGCGACGACGAGGAUUCCAAGACUGCCAAUGCAGUGCGCGAUGAAGAGGAUGACUAUUACGACAUGGUAGCAAACGCUUCCAAGGCCAAGAAGGACGACAAGGCUGCUCGAUACGCAGCCUACGCGGCCGCAAGCAAGUCCGACAGAGUGGUAGAGACGGAGGAGAUUGGCGAGGACGGCAAGCGAAAGAUUACAUACGCCAUCCAGAAGAACAAGGGUCUGGCGCCCAGAAGAAGCAAGGACGUCCGCAACCCCAGAGUCAGGAGGAGAAAGCAGUUCGAGGCCAAGCAGAAGAAGCUGAAGAGCAUGAAGCCGGUGUGGCAAGGUGGCGAGCCCAAGGGAGGUUACCGGGGAGAACUCAGUGGUAUCAACGCUACCGUCAUCAAGAGUACGAAGCUGUAG